AUGAGGAGCCGGGACCUUUGCGAGACGGACUCAGUUCUUUUUGGCGCCGCAGUGGCAGCUUGCCGUAUUAUUGGCGCCAAACUUCCCAUGGCUGGACGCGCUACUAAACAAAGUAGCGCCAUCCCAGCCUGGAGAAAAAGAAUUGGGGACCGUAUCGCAAAGGCAAGGGCCCUUAUCGGCAGACUGAUAAACUUCAGGUCGGGUAAUAAUAGACCGAGGGUUGUGCGCACCGUUAGAUUGGCGUUUGCUGGGACAAAUAUCAGUUUGUCCCAGCCGGAUAUCACGCAGAAACUAACGGAGCGCAUAGACGACCUGAAGCAAAAGAUUGCCGCUUGGGGGAAGCGGAUUCGCCGAUUUACCGAGAGGUCAAGGCGGUUCAACCAGAAUCGUCUCUUCCAGAGUGAUCAGAAGAGGCUCUACAAAUCAUUGGAGCGACCAGAGGUAUGUAGAGCGGGCCCAGGACCGGAGCAGACUAACACUGUCGCAUUUUGGCGUGGCCUGUGGUCAGAGCCCGUAAACCACAGCGAGGGCCCUUGGACGGAAGUUGUGGCGAGUCAGUGUGCGAGUAUUACGCCCAUGGACCCCGUCAUCAUAACGCCGGAUGACGUAGCUGAGGCGGUCCGUAGAGCCCCGAACUGGAAAAGUCCGGGACUCAACGGACUGCAUCACUACUGGCUGAAGGGGUGCAUGGUGUGUCACGCUGUGCUCGCCCGUCAGUUUCAAGAGGCUCUCAACCAGAAGUCGCUCCCUAGCCUCUUCACUACUGGGAUCACUCAUUUGGUUCCUAAAGACCAGAAGAUCAACUCUUGA